AUGGUCCGUAAUCUGCAGUACUUUGUACGCCAGCAGCCCCAGAAUCCUUUGACAGGCGGCAGGGCAGCGACAGACGCGAUGACGGCGGAGUUACCCGACGCGACCAACGGCGCGUACUUCCAUGGCGGCUUCGACGACGGGAUAUUCGGCAUGACGGACUUUGAUGGCAUCGAGUUCGACAUGGGAUUGGCGCAAGACAACCUGGACGCGGCGCACAAGCUCGGGCUGGGCGGCGCGGCCAUGGCCAUGGCGCGGGACAUGGGCGUGGGGGACGCGCCCGGCGACGAUGACGACGACAUUUUCACGCAGCUCGCCGCUGCUGUGCCCGACACGCAGUGCGCAGACCCAAGCAUCUCCUUUGCGGCCGGACUACCAGCAGCAGCAGCGCCAGCGGCAGCAGUGCCAGAGGCAGCAGAGCCUGCCGCAGCAGUAGUGCCCACGGUAGACCCUUCUCAUCACUCGCAGCACACGGGGGCGGCGGGAGCGUCGCAAGCGGACGAAGCAGCGCGGGGGAACCAGGAGCGCGCAGGCGCGGGGAGCGGAAGGCCCGAGGGGGGGAAGCGGCGGGGGAUAUUCGAGAUUGCUGAAGUUAGCUUAGCGCCGUACUGCGUGUUGUCGGAGGGAGAGCCGAGCGCGGACCGCGGAGGAGGCCUCGGGGGGGGCGGAAGCGCGCGUACUGGGGGAGAGGGCAACGCGCAGGGGAAUUUUGCGCCACAAGCGGGGGAUAUGGGAGCUGCUGGUGCGGGGAGAACGGCGGGGGGAGCAGCGGGGGACGCGGGUUCUCCGGAAGGGUCGGACUGUAGCUUCUCAAUGAGCUCCUCUCCGCCCUCCCCCUCCCGCAUGCGCCAAUACGCGCACAGGCACGGGCACGCGCACGCGCAGGGGUUUGCGCAAAAGCAUGCGGGGGCGGAGGCGGAGGAGGCGCAGGCGCAGGCGCAGACGCAGGGCAUGGGGGUGGUGGGGGACACCGCGCAUGCGGCGGAUGGGCCGGGUUCUCCGCCGUCGUCGUCGUUCGGGCACAGCCAGGUGUUCAGCCCCACGGUGUCGCGGACGCGGCCCGCGCAGAAACACAAGGGCGCGGGGAGAGCCACUGGCGCGGCGGACGCGGCGGGGGGAGCGGCGGUGAACGGCGCAACGAGCAGGGGGAUGGGGCACGGAGGCGCGAUGGGGGGGCAACAUGGCGCAGGGAUGGGGGCCAUGGGGAUGCCCGGGGGAAUGCCGGGGGGGAUGUGGGGGGGGAUGCCGGGGGGGAUGCCGCCUGCCGCGGCGGCGGCGGCGAUGGCGCAGCACCACGCGAUGGCGGCGGCGCAGGCAAUGCACAUGGCCGCGAUGCAAGGCCACCCCAUGCCCGGCCACCCCGCGCAGGGCCACCCCAUGUCCGCGCACCCGUUCCCCAUGCCGCCACCGGGGAUGAUGCCUGCGGGGAUGCCUCCGCCCAUGCCCGGCGCAAUGUCCCCGGGGAUGCCCCCUGGCGCAAUGCCUAAUGGGAUGAUGUACCCGCAUGGGCAUCCAUACGCCAUGCAGCAGCACAUGCAGCAGAUGCACAUGCACAUGCACAUGCAACACAUGCACAUGCAGCAUGCGCAACAGCAGCAGCAGCAGCAGCAGCAGCAACAGUCGCAAAAAUCCGGAAACACCUCCUCCUCCGCCAUACCCGCGGACGACGAUUCCCCCAUGCCCGCCGCAUCCCACGCGCCGUCCCUUCCCGCCCUCCCCGGCCUUCCGCCGCCCUUCAUGUUCCCAGGCAUGAUGCCGCCUCCGGGUUUCCCGGGCGGCGCUGCCCCCGCUUUAGGCACCCCCGUUCCCGCAAUGAGCGGCGCGAGUAGGGCGGGCGGGGGGGGCGCGGGGAGAGUCAAGGCGGAGCCCGUUAGUGCCAGGUCGGGUUUUGGUCGCGCGGGGGGGGAUAUUCUCCCCAUUAAAAGCGAAUCCUUUAGUCCGUCUAAGUCCCCUCGCCCGCGCCCUGGUGCCCCCAGUGGCAGCAGCUUCGCGCCGAGCCUUCCCCGUCGCCGAAGCUACCACGAAGGCUUGGGUGGGUUGCAGGCUGCGGCUCGGAUGAGCGUGAGCUCAGCCUCGGCGGUGCCGCGGAUGCAGGCCGCGUCAGGUUCGGCAUCAGGAGCUUCGGGCUUCGGGUCUUCUGCUGCGGUGGCGGCGGCGGGGGGCGCGCCGGGAAUGGCGGCGGGAAUAACGCCGUCGAAGAUGCGGCGCGUGGCUUCCAUGGGGCAGCUGUCGCACCACAGCCGCGCAGGCGGAGGCGCCGAGGGGGAGCGAUGGGCGGGCGCGGGGGGCGCGGGAAGCGCAGGUAUAGGUAUGGGCGGAGGGAUGGGCGCGCGGAGAAAGCUGGGGAUGGGCGCGGGGACUGGCGAUGGCAGCAGCGGAAACUCAGGGAGCGAGGAGGACGGGAGCGGGGGAGACGGCGCGGGGACGCGCGGAAGAGCGGGAGAAGCGGCUGAAUUGGGGGAAGAGGAGGGGGAAGAAGACGAGCUGAAGCCUCUGCCGUCGAUUCACCUUCAGCAGCAGCAGCAGCAGAUGCUGCUGCGGCAGCGCCUGUUGCAGCGGCGGGGAAUGAUGCCCCGAAGCCACAGCAGUCACUCUCUAGGGCAGCUGCACAGGCAGGUGCUCGCAGCUGCCGCGGCAGGCGGAGGCGGGGGCGGGCGCGCAGGGCCAGCGGGUAGCAGCGCGGGAGGGGCGCCGUUAGCUUCCCCCAAGGGCAUGGGUCCUCCGCAGAUCCCCCCUGUUUCCCCGCGUGGGGAGUUCGCCGGCGGAAGCAGCAGCAAGCAGCGGGGGAUUGUGGGGAGGGGAAGCGAGGGCGCAGGCAUGGGCGCGGGGUGGGAGAGCGGGGCGAAGCGGGAAGCAUCUCUGGGGGAGUCAGGGGGAGCGGGGAUGGGCGCUCGACCCGGCGGAAUGGGCGGAAUCAGGGGGGGCCAGGCGGGGGGAGCCGCGACGAUGGGGCAAAUGCGCGGAGGUGGGGGCGCGGGAGCAGAUGUGCGAGGGAUGAUGGGGAUGGAAGGGGGCGGAGAGAUGGGCGCGAUGGGGGGAUUGACUCCCCCGCGGCUUCCAUCGCUGGGCGGAAUGCGGAGAGUGCAGAGCACAGGCGACAUCCAGUCUCUGAGCGCCAUGGCUGGGCUGCCCUUCCCCGCGGCGGAUGACGGCUCUGCUGUGUUCCGCGUGGGGCGCUACACCCUGGAGGAGCGCCAGCAGCGCAUCUCCCGCUACCGGCAGAAGCGGCACGAACGCAACUACACCAAGAAGAUCAAGUACGUGUGCCGCAAGACUCUGGCAGACAGCCGCCCGCGCGUGCGCGGCAGAUUCGCCCGCAAUGAUGACAUGGAGCAAGGGGACGGCAGCAACAGCCAUGGGGACGAGGGGGAGGGGGAGCUGCUACCAGACCAUCUCCCAUUGGCCGAUGAUUUCUCCCCGGAAGAGUUUUCAGAGUUGCUGUUUGACGGGCCAUUGGUCUCUCUGGCAGUGCAGCCCAGCAGGGAGCAGCUUGGCGUCUCGCGACAACGACAACCCUACCGCCGGUUGCCCGUGACACGAGCUGACGCCUCGCCUGAAGGCAACCAGGCCUCCACAGCCACGGACACGCCUCCUGCUCCUGCUGGUAGCAGUGAGAGCAGGGUCUCUGGAGACGCGUGCAAGGCGUGUGGCCGGACAGAGAGGGUGGGAGGCUGCAAUGGGGAAGGUCGUAUUCAGGGCGGCGUCGGUGCACUCCCAGGCUUUCAGUGGUUCCCGGUGAAGGUGUAUCGGCCGUGUCCCGCGUUUGUUGAGGCCGGAGGAAAGUACAAGCGCCUGGGCCAGAGCCUUGAUGAGAUGGCGUUUGGGAAAAUCGUCGCGCUGCCGCCGACCCCGUUUUCCAACAUGACCUCCCAAGUGAUAGUUCUAGACCGCGCGUUCCUCGUCGCGAAGGGUUACAAGUUUCACGAGUUCGCCCUGCCUCCAGGUCUCGCAAUUGACACCACGGCGAAGCAGGUCGCACUGGUUUACAACACGCUGCCGAACGACACGGCGCCAUUCAAACCUGCAGACGACGGGAUCGAGUUCAUGCCAUUUUUUACGGGCCUCGAUAUUGUCGCGUAUCCUCCUGUCGCAACACCAGGCGCUGCUUUCGGCAAGACGUUACAAGUGACGGCGCCGGCAGGGUCACCCAUUGUAAUCACGUUCCCGGCCCCAGUCACGGAUCCGAAGUUUCCGCCGCAAUGUGCGGUGUUUAGUGCCGCUGGAGGGCCUAAGUACCUGAUCACUACUGCCAACGCCGCCACGAAAACGAUCACCUGCAAGAGCUCCACACUUGCGGAGUUUACGCUCGCGUCAGGCCCCUCCGUUCCCCUUCUACCAACACCUCCUCCCACACCUGCGCCCAUGCCUGCGCCCACACCUGCGCCCGAACCUGCUCCCACACCUGCUCCCACACCUGCGCCCGAGCCUGCACCAACCGCUCCCCCCUCUGUUCCGCCCCCAUCUCCUGAAAGGCCCCUUCCCCCGCCUCCAGCGCCGACAGCUCCCCCCGCCAGCCCCAACACAACCGUCCCCGGAAACAGCAGCAGCUCCGCCAACGCCGCUAGCGGCGCAAGUACCGCCAGCACCCCGACCAGCAGCGGAAGCAGCAGCAGCAGCAGCAGCAGCAGCAGCAGCGGCACGAGUGCUGCCGUAUAUAUCGCGGUCGUGGUAGGAGCAUUGAUAUUCAUAGCUCUGAUUGUGCUGCUCGUCUGGUGGUGGAGGCGCUCGAAGAAACAGAAGCAGCUCGAAGCCAUGGCUCUCGCCGCGGAAAAGGCGGCGAGUCUCGAGACUGCGCUUAUCGGCGCGAGCCGCACUCCCGCCGCUGGCUCGCUGCGAACAAAGGCGAAGCUGGAAAACGAAACGUUUUGA